GGGGCCCGAGCCGCCCGCUCCGCCGCCGCCGCCGUCCCCGCCGCCGCGUCCCCGCCGGGGCCGACCGAGCUGAGCCGGGCCGGAGCGGGCGGGCGCGGGCCGGGCCGCCAUGGACCACAAACCCUUACUGCAGGAGCGGCCUCCCGCCUACAACCUGGAGGCCGGCCAGGGCGACUACCCGUGCGGCCCGCACGGCUACGGCGCCAUCCCCACCGCGCCCCCGCCGCCGCCCUACCCCUACCUCGUCACAGGGAUCCCCACCCACCACCCCAGGGUCUACAGCAUCCACAGUCGAACUGUCACCCGGUACCCUGCCAACUCCAUCGUCGUCGUGGGAGGCUGCCCGGUGUGCAGAGUUGGGGUUUUGGAGGACUGCUUCACCUUCCUGGGCAUCUUCUUGGCCAUCAUCUUGUUUCCCUUUGGAUUCAUCUGCUGUUUUGCCUUAAGGAAGCGAAGAUGCCCCAACUGUGGAGCAACCUUUACUUAAAGGGAACAACACACCUGGCUUUCCUACAUUCAGCUGUCUUUUUCUAAUGUAAAUGUUGUGUACAAUAGUUUUAUUUGAUUAAGCUUCAGGACUGUUUUGUAAAGUGCAGUGGGAUAGAUUUGGCAUGUGCGAGCUGAGGUUUCACAGAGCGUGGCAAGGCAGCAGCGCUGCUCCCCAGGUUAAUGACAACUCAAUAAAACACUGCUUUUAUUCUUUGCAGUCUCCAAUUUGAGAAAGGUGAGAAAUACUGUUUUAAAUAAAUGAGAUUCAUACCAUUGUU